AUGCCAGAAAUAUCAUCAAAAAAAGAUUUAUUUCCAAAAGAACUAGAUGCAUAUGAAAAUAAAAAUGAAAAGCUUGGUGAAGGUGGGUUUGCAGAAGUCCAUUUAGCAGAACAUAGACCAACUGGAAUAAAGGUAGCCAUCAAAGUUAUGAAUAAAAGAAUGCUUGAAAAAAUGGGUGACUUGCAUAGAGCAUAUCGCGAAAUUGAAGCCAUGAAGCGGCUUGGUUGCCAUCAGCAUAUUUGUCAACUAUAUCAAGUUGUUGAAACCGACGAAGAUAUUUUUUUAGUUCUUGAGUAUGUGUCUGGUGGUGAGCUGUUUGACUAUAUUGUUUCUAGAGAACGCCUAUCCGAAAAAGAAAGCAGAAGUUUUUUCAGACAAAUAGUAUCUGCUGUUGCUUACAUACAUUCUAAUGGGUUAGCACAUCGAGAUCUUAAACCAGAAAACAUGCUUUUGGAUGGAAACAAUUGCAUCAAAAUUAUAGACUUUGGGUUGGCUUCUAACCCAGAAACAGAUUUGUUUCAACCUCUUGCAACGUGUUGUGGAUCUCCUGCUUAUGCUGCCCCAGAACUGAUCUCUGGAAAGUCCUACUUCGGAACAGAGGCAGAUUUAUGGAGUUUAGGUGUUGUACUGUAUGGCUUGCUUAAUGGAUUUCUUCCAUUUGAUGUUGACGAAGAAGAGUCAACUUUUGCUUUGUAUGAAAAAAUUAAGAUUGGUAAAUUUGAUGUUCCAGAAUGGUUAAGCAACGAAACAGUUGGUAUUUUGAGCCAAUUGUUAGAGGUUGAUCCUGAAAAAAGAAUAACUACUAAGGAUUUGCUUACACAUCCUUGGAUGUGUGAAGGGUAUGGCUCACAUGUAAAUUGGCAGAGUACAUUAAAGAGAGAUAAACCAGAAUCAAGAAUUAUUGAGGAGUUAUCUGAUUACUACAAUAUUAGUUUAGAUCAGAAUAUGGAAGAUAUGGUGAAAGAAUACAAGUAUGACUCUUUAACUGCACAUUAUUUCUUAUUGUAUAAACUUCGUCAAAAAGUUCCAAGACCAAAAGUUUCUUUCAAAACGCCAAUUAGGGUAAAGGAACCAAAGAUAAUUCAUAAGACACCAUCUCGUCAGAACUGCAUGAGUGUUUGCAUUGAUGAUAUAGAUAUUACUCCUACUCGUCAAAACAGAUCAAAAAGCUGUUCAAAUGAAGAGGCAGAUGAAAAAGUAUAUAUUUCCCCAUUGAGAGAUACUAGAGAAAAAGCAUCUUCUCAUGUUGACAACUUAAGCAAGUUAUUGACGCUAACACCAGCUUUACAAAAAAACUCUAUAUUGUCUUCAAUGGGCACUACAACACCAAGAUUUGCAAAAAGAAUAGGAAAAAGGGUGGUUAACUUGAUGACUCCUAGAAAACAAGGUGCAGACGCUCCAAGGAAAGUCAAGGGUUUUUAUAAAGUAAGCACAACCUCAACCAAACCACCAAAUGAUGUUCGCAGAGAACUGCAAAAUGCUAUUAUAAAGUUGAAAGAAAAUAAUAAAAUAUAUUCCUUUGAACUUACAAGAUAUUUGUUUAAAUGCAAAUGUUUGGAUGAGCGAAGAAAUAAGUUGAUAUUUCAACUUGAAGUUUGUUCAGUACCUGGUCUGGACACUGUCACAGGUAUCCGUCAUAGCCGUUUAAAAGGUGACUCAUGGUCGUAUAAAAAAAUGUGUGAUAAUAUAAUGGAUAUGAUAAAACUAUAAAGUAUAUUUUAGAAAUCCUUAAGAACAUUUUUAUAAAAGAAACUAUCGAACUUGUGACAACUUUUCUGACUUUUUUUUAUAUUUAUUAUGACUAUUUGAUAAGUUUUUACUUGUUAAUGAGAAAUUGUUUUUUUACUGGUGUAAUUUGCAUCAAAUGUUACAAGUGUAUUGAAACUUAUUUAAAUCAAUGAAUUUUGUUUAGCUGAUUAUGAAAUAUAUCUAUGUUUUUUA